CACGGCCGCGCCGCUGCAAGCCGUGACGGCCGGGCCGCUGCCGGCGCUGACGGCGAAGGGAGUCGAGGGGAAUGGAAAAGGUCCUAUUUGGGACUCAAAAGUGGCUGCUAUUGAAAUGAAGGCUGAAAAGCAGUACUGGUAUCAGCGUCACGAGAAGAACGUGAUGAUUCACCCAGGUUUCAUCAAGUAUAACUCCAACUGGCCCUGCCUUUGGGGCGAGGAGUACACCGGACAAGGAAGCGGCGAUGGAAACAAGUGGACCUGCGGCGCACGGCUUAUCCAGUCACCAUGUGUGGUCUACUCCUUCGGUUCCAACAACGACAUGAAGUUCGAGUUGGGUAUCCACGAGCUGGGCCUCAACUGCGAGAUCCACAUCUACGACCCCACGGUGAACGAACCCGCGCAAGCCAAAUCAAUAGGUGCCAAAUACCACCGCGUGGGGCUCGGCCCGCGCGACGGCUUCAUGGGUCGCUACCCGGUGAAAACCUUGAAGUCGCUCAUGGCUGAGAAUGGCCACAAACACAUUGAUAUCCUCAAGGUGGAUAUCGAAGAUGCAGAGCACGAAGCCAUUCCACAAAUCGCCGUGGACGGAUGGCCCUCCAUCGGCCAGUUCCUGGUGGAAGUUCACAUCAGGGGAGUCACGACAGAUCUGCACUUGGACCGGAUUUUUCAAUUGGUGGAGAAGGCGAACUUGAGGCUCUUCCAUCAGGAAGUGAACUGGGAGUUCGGCCCGGGCUGCUGCACUGAGUACGCUUUCAUUCACAAAAACUGGCGGCCGGAAACAAAGAAAUAUGACAUGAAGCAGGCGAUCACCUACCAGGAGAUCACACAGCAAUCGCCGCAGCGCCCACAAUACCUGGGCGGUUGGGGUGCCCGUCGCCGUCCCUGACGGGCGGAUGGGCGCACGUGGCACGUGUGGGGCAGUUGUUGGUGUUUAUUUUCAGACAGGGUUGGAAUUUACUUGGAUUUUUGGGAGAUCUGAUCGAAAGGCAAUUUGUUUGGAAUGUUGGAAAGGAUUUGGACAUAGCCGACAUCUGAUUUGCCAGACUUGUAGCCACUUUUGUUGGCCAGAUAUCUGCAGACGGUGUCCCUGCAUCGCCGGUUG